AAUGAAGAUGUUGGGAAACCUGUUUCAGAAUAUUUUGGUAUCAGUGGAACUGCCCCCAAAGUUCUUGCAUACACAGGAAAUGAUGAUGCUAAAAAAUUUGUACUUGAUGGGGAUGUUACCUUGGACAACAUUAAGGCUUUUGGAGAGGAUUUCAUUGAAGACAAGCUCAAGCCUUUCUUCAAGUCAGAUCCAGUUCCUGAAUCAAAUGAUGGGGAUGUAAAGAUAGUUGUUGGGAAUAACUUCGAUGAAAUUGUUUUGGAUGAGUCAAAGGAUGUUCUUCUUGAGAUCUAUGCACCAUGGUGUGGGCAUUGCCAAUCUUUGGAGCCAACAUACAACAAACUUGCCGCACAUUUGAGGGGCAUUGAGUCUAUUGUUAUAGCCAAGAUGGAUGGAACAACAAAUGAGCAUCCCAGGGCAAAGUCUGAUGGGUUUCCCACGCUCCUCUUCUUUCCUGCUGGAAACAAGAGCUUUGAUCCAAUCACUGUGGACACUGAUCGGACCGUGGUUGCAUUUUAUAAGUUCAUAAAAAAACACGCAUCGAUUCCAUUCAAGCUCCAAAAGCCAGCUUCAACAUCAAAAGCAGAAAGUUCAGAUGCCAAAGAUGGCAUUGAGAGCAGCACGAGAGAAGUGAAGGAUGAAUUGUGAGGAUCUUAUGUGCUUUGCUAAUUUAUGUAUCUUGUAAGGUCAAGGCAAUAGCUUCAGCAGAAAAUAGAGCGAGUAGUGUAAGAAAUAUCCAAAGGAGAAAAUCUAUUGCGACCAACAACCUACGACACCCCAUCCUCAGUGAAACUGACUGGGAAAAAAUUGAAUUAUGUAUUAUCGUUCUGAAUUUUGCCUCGUUUUCUGAAGGUUUUCUGGAAGAGUUUAAUAAAUCUGGGCGUCUCUUCCCUGGUUCCUGUUA